CAUAUACUAUCAAAACACCACCUUUGCUUCUUCCACAGCAUAAUCUGCCUGAACUCUACUAAUUUUGUUGCACAACUUACAAGCUACAAGGACUUUCAUUUCUUAGCUGAAGGGUAUGGCAAAUGAUAAUUUGAAAGUGUUAAAUGCACUUGAUGUAGCCAAAACACAAUGGUAUCAUUUCACAGCAAUUGUAAUUGCUGGAAUGGGCUUCUUCACUGACGCCUAUGAUCUCUUUUGCAUCUCUUUAGUCACCAAACUACUCGGCCGAAUUUACUACCACGACUUCGGCGACGACAAGCCAGGGUCGCUCCCGCCAGGGGUAUCAGCCGCGGUGAACGGUGUAGCUUUGGUCGGGACCCUCGUGGGCCAACUCUUUUUCGGGUGGCUAGGUGACAAAAUGGGCAGAAAAAAAGUUUACGGAAUGACCCUUAUGAUUAUGGUCAUUUGUUCAAUUGCAUCCGGGCUUUCGUUUAGUGACGAGCCCACUGCGGUUAUCGUUACACUUUGUUUCUUUCGGUUUUGGCUUGGUUUCGGUAUUGGGGGUGAUUACCCUUUGUCAGCAACCAUUAUGUCCGAAUACGCAAAUAAGAAAACCCGAGGGGGUUUUAUUGCCGCGGUUUUCGCAAUGCAAGGUUUCGGGAUUUUGACUGGUGGGAUGGUGGCUUGUAUUGUAUCCGCGGCUUUCAAGUCAAAGUACCCUGCUCCGGCUUAUGAGGAAAACCCGUUGGGGUCGACCGUGCCACAAGCUGAUUACGUUUGGCGUAUUAUUUUGAUGUUUGGGUCGAUUCCGGCUUUGAUGACUUAUUAUUGGCGGAUGAAAAUGCCCGAAACAGCCCGUUACACGGCUUUAGUGGCGAAAAAUGCAAAACAAGCGGCUGCGGACAUGUCAAAAGUGUUACAAGUCGAAGUCGAGGCAGAGCCAGAAAAAAUGGUAGAAAGACGAAAGAACAACGAUUUUGGGCUUUUCUCGAAGCAGUUUCUAAAACGUCAUGGGCUUCAUUUGCUUGGAACAACUAGCACUUGGUUCUUGCUCGAUAUCGCGUUUUACAGCCAAAACUUAUUCCAAAAGGACAUUUUUAGCGCGGUUGGGUGGAUCCCGCCUGCGAAAACAAUGAACGCGAUACAAGAGGUAUUUAAGAUCUCGAGAGCUCAAACUCUUAUCGCGCUUUGCAGUACUGUUCCUGGAUACUGGUUUACAGUGUUUUUCAUAGAUCGAAUUGGGAGGUUCGCGAUCCAACUGAUGGGCUUUUUCUUCAUGACGGUUUUCAUGUUCGCUCUUGCCAUUCCUUAUCAUCAUUGGACACAAAAGGAUAACAGAAUCGGGUUUGUUGUCAUGUACGCUUUGACGUUUUUCUUUGCCAACUUUGGGCCUAAUGCCACUACAUUUGUCGUCCCGGCAGAGAUAUUUCCCGCGAGGCUUCGGUCAACAUGUCACGGGAUAUCGGCUGCUUCAGGUAAGGCCGGGGCGAUAGUUGGUGCAUUCGGGUUCUUAUAUGCAGCUCAAAGCCAAGACAAAACAAAAACCGAUAAAGGGUAUCCCCCGGGUAUCGGUGUCAAAAACUCACUUAUAUUGCUAGGGGUGGUGAAUUGCCUAGGGAUGUUGUUUACAUUCUUGGUGCCCGAAUCAAAUGGCAAGUCGUUAGAGGAAAUGUCGAGAGAAAAUGAAGGCGACGAUGAAGAAGUAGUCGAGAUGGAGUCGGUUAGGGCUCCUGAAAAUCGAACAGUCGCAGUGUAAACAAGGUUUACAAGGUUAUGUUGUUUAAGCAGUGUAUUUAUGUUUAAACAAGGUUAUGGUUGAGUGUAGAAUGCUUCGGACCACUAGUAUAAGGCAGGUGGAUAUAUGUAGUCGAAGAUAUGUGCUAUUUAAACUUGAUCUGUAUGUAAUUAACGUUCCAAGCUAGCGUAGUAUUGAAUUUUGAGUC